UUUUGGUGAUAUAUCAUCAUCAUCAACAACAACAACAACAACAACACCACCAGUAACAGCAACAACAAUGACAAAAUUAGGACCAGCACCUAAACCACCACCAAGAUCAACAUCAAUCUAUCAUUUACAACAUCUACAACAACAUCAACUACAACGAUUAAUACCGGAUCAUUUGGAAACAUUAUUGGAACAUUCAAGUUUAAAUGAUGAUCAACCUCAACAACAACCACAUCAACCACCUUCAUCAUCAUCGAAUCUAUUUAAACAUGUUAUCAUGCGAGAUAAAACAAAUAAAAUGAAGGCAAAUAAAUUACGACCCAAAUCAGAUAUUUAUGAUUUGCAUAGUCAUCAUCAGCAACAGCAUUUGGAACAUAAUCAUCCAACUGAUCCAUCAUCAUUGGAUCAUAAUCAACAAUCAUCAAUAUCUAAUGAACAGAAUAAUUCAGUAGAUCAUCAUCAUGGUGGUGGUACUAGUGGUCGACCUGUAUCAAUGUAUUUUGGUGGUGAACAUGGCCGUCCAGUAAAACAUUCGAUCUCAAGAUUUAGCGCCUAUGAAAUAUCGUGUUCGAAUGGUUUUGGUCGAUUAGAUUCAUAUUUAAAAUUAGAUCAACUUGGUGAAGGAUCAUAUGCCACCGUUUAUAAAGGUUUUAGUAAUGUUUUAAAUCGUGUUGUUGCAUUAAAAGAGAUACGAUUACAAGCGGAAGAAGGUGCACCAUUUACAGCCAUACGUGAAGCAUCAUUACUUCGUGAACUUAAACAUGCUAAUAUUGUUACAUUACACGAUAUUGUUCAUACACGACAAACAUUAAUUCUUGUAUUUGAAUAUGUGGAUACUGAUCUAAGUCAAUAUCUGGAACGUCAUCCUGGUGGUCUGAAUGCGAAUAAUGUUCGUCUUUUUAUGUUUCAAUUAUUACGUGGUCUUUCUUAUUGCCAUGAACGCCGUAUACUACAUCGUGAUCUUAAGCCACAGAAUCUACUAAUAUCGGAACAAGGUGAAUUAAAAUUGGCCGAUUUUGGUCUUGCACGUGCCAAAUCGAUACCAUCACAUACGUAUUCGAAUGAAGUGGUUACAUUAUGGUAUCGACCACCUGAUGUAUUGCUUGGUUCCAGAAAUUAUUCCACAUCAUUAGAUAUGUGGGGAGUUGGCUGUAUAUUUAUCGAAAUGAUAUGUGGUUCACCUGCAUUUCCUGGCGUAAAAGAUCCAACCGAUCAAUUAGAUAAAAUAUUUCGUGUAUUUGGUACACCACAGAAAUCAUAUUGGGAAGAAUAUCAAUCAAUUAUGACAUUUAAUUGUUUAAAAAAUACCACGUAUCAAUCUCAACCAUUGGGACGUUGUUUUCCAAAAUUAUUGUCGAUAGCCAAUGCUGAAACAUUGGCCCUUAAAUGUUUAGCAUUAGAACCAAGAGAAAGGAUCUCAUCAAAAGAUGCAAUGCAUCAUGAAUUUUUUGCUGAUUUAUCAGCUAAACUAUAUCAAUUGCCUGAUCAUGUGCCUGUGAUCUAUGUACCCGGUUGUUCAUUAUUUCAGGAAAAUCAUAAUUUUCCAUCAAGUGUCAUGAAAAUUGCAUCAAAAAUGAAAGGUGGUGGUGGUGGUGCUUUAAAAUUUCAUCCUUGAAUAGUCACCAAAAAAUAAAGGAUGAUUCAUCAUAAUCAUCGGCUGAAAAUCUAUAUAAAAUAUCUGAUCGAUCAUUCGAAUUUAAUUGAUGACACACACACAUUUACACAUCACCACCACCAUUGUAGUACAAUAAUUAAUCUGGUCAUUAUUACAUUUCUAAUUUAAAAUAUUUUUUUUUUAUAAUACACAAACAACGACUGAUCGACCACCAUCACCACCCAUUUGUAUGAAUGGAGAAGAAGAAAAAAAAUUUAGUAUUUUUUCAUUUUAAAUUCAAUG